AUGACUGACACUGUCCCUGAUACACCUAUUCGGGUCAAGUCUACUCCCAAUCAAGCAACUACACCUGAAGACGACGAUUACGAGACUGUCGCCACGAUCCCAAUUGGGGCUCAUUCACUGAAUACUCCCUCGCAACGAUUCACUCAACCUACCCAACUCGUCGAGAUGCCCCACUCAAAUUCAAGACAAUCCGUCAUUCAAGUGGCCCAAUCUUCACCCACAGCUCCUGCUCAUUCACCACCACGGCGCGGCGGCCUUUUAUCUUCGCUCAUGGCACCUUCUGGAACUCAGUUUCGUUCUCCUUCAACUACCGUUCGCCCCGCAAAAAGACCCCCAGUCAUUGAUCUCGACGACGGUCCAACAUACCGAGGAGGUUCUUCAGACGAAGAAGAGAAUUACACUGUCCGAUCUACUGAUAUCAAACCCGCCAUGUUCGAAGCUACUCGUAGCCCUGAGAAGGUCGCCGAGUCGCCUGUUCGUUCUACCGGCGCAAUGGAUCGUUUCAAGGAAAUCACUGCUGCUGCUGUCUAUGAUCCUUCCGCCAAUGGUGUCAAGCGCUCCGCCGACCAUAUGGGCAGCCCCGGUGGUGUCAAGGGCGUCGCCGUCAAAAAAGUCAAGCAGCAGGAUGCGCCUUCCCGCGCCCUCCCCGCCACCGACCAGGUUUCAUCUUUGCUGGCCAUUGAUGACUACCGCGUCCGCGUUAAGGUUGAGCGUAUGCUGAAAAUCAUGCCGAACAAAUCUGUGGACGAAUGUGUGCAAGCCUUAAUUACAUCAAAUGGCAACUUCGACCAGGCGCUGGAUCGCCUUGCCGACACCCAGGGUACUGUGAAGCAAACCGGAAAUGCAAUUCUCAUCGAAUCGUCUGAGGACGAACUGAGUGCAUCGGCUUCGAGUGCUCCUAUUCAACCCGCCGCAAAGCAACAGAUCAAAGCCCGCGGUACCAUUCACGAUAAAUGGACUGCUCGCAACUUUCAAACCUCCCGCGAUCAAUCCCAGUCCGAGGCCAAGCCUCGAGGCCGUCUUAUUCGUGGUCCACGAAGCCGUGGCUCUCCUCUCGCCAUUACCAUUGAUUCCGACGACGAUUCCCCCAAGAAGAAGACCGGUCGCCUACAGAAAGGUCGCCGCCAAGAACCAUCUCGCUCCGUGUCUGUUGAAGAAGAAUUACUCACAGACUCCGAUGAUGAAGACGUCAAGGUCCUAGAAGCUGCUCCUAGCACUCUAGAUCUCAAGGUUUUGCGAUUCUUCAACACUUGCAGCGUGCGCGAUCUUACCGACAUGGCCGGUAUCCCCGAUGCCACCGCCUCUCAUAUCAUCUCCCACCGCCCCUUUGAUACUCUUGACGAUGUUCGUGUUGUGCCGACUCCUGUUGAUCCCGCAAAGGCCAAGCCUAAGGGCAAGCGCCGAACCCCCGCACCCAUUGGCGAAAAGAUCGUCGAGAAGUGCAAGGAUAUGUGGAACGGCUAUCUGGCCAUCGAUUCUCUUGUCCACGAAUGCGAGGAGCUCGGAAAGCCCGUUGCAGCAGAGAUGAAGAAAUGGGGUGUUGAUAUCUUCGGUAAAUCCGACGGCGAACUCGAACUCACCUCGAUGAACAACGCCAAUGCGCAUGAUUCUGGGAUCGCUACGCCCUCAUCCAACCGUCAGUCCCCCAAUGAGUCUGAGAACGAUGAUGAAGAAGAUGGCCCUGUCGCUGUUUCGCGCAAGCCCAAAUUCCAAUCAAACUUUAUCUCCCAGCCCUCCAUCAUGGCCGAUGACCUGGUUAUGAAAGACUAUCAAAUCGUUGGAAUCAACUGGCUGGCAUUGCUCUUCCAGAAACAGAUGAGCUGUAUCUUAGCUGAUGACAUGGGUCUCGGCAAGACUUGUCAAGUCAUUGGCUUCCUCGCACAUUUGUAUGAAAAGGGCUUCAAGGGACCUCACCUCAUCGUUGUCCCAUCCUCCACCCUCGAAAACUGGCUCCGAGAGUUUCAGAAAUUCUGCCCCGCCCUCUCCGUGAUUCCAUACUAUGCCGGUCAGGAUGAGCGUGCUCGUAUUCGUGAACAGAUCGAAGACAACAGAGAAAGCAUCAACGUGGUCAUUACCACCUACACCAUCGCCCGCGCUAAGGUCGAUGCGAAGUUCCUCAAGGAACAGAAUUUCACUGUCUGCGUCUACGAUGAAGGUCACAUGUUGAAGAAUCACCAGUCCCAAGUUUAUGAUAAGCUUGUUCGAAUUUCCUCACGAUUCCGACUUCUUCUUACCGGCACGCCUCUCCAGAACAACCUGCAAGAGCUGGCUUCACUUCUCGGUUUCAUUCUGCCCAGUGUCUUCAACGAACACAAGGAAGAUCUUCAGGCUGUCUUCUCGAACAAGGCAAAGACAUCGGACGAGUCCCAUGCAGCUCUAUUGUCGGCUCAGCGAAUUGAGCGGGCCAAGUCCAUGCUGAAGCCUUUUGUUCUUCGCCGUAAGAAGCACCAAGUCAUCGACCUCCCUGCCAAGCACUCGCACGUUCAAUACUGCGAGAUGAAAUCAUCUCAGGUUAAGAUCUACGAGCGUGAGCAGGCACAAGUCCGACAGCUUCUCGAAGACCGUGCAGCCGGAAAGAAGACAGGUUCGAAGUCCGCAAACAUCUUGAUGAAGCUACGCCAAGCCGCCAUCCACCCCCUCCUCGCACGUCGCCAUUACGACGAUGCCACAAUCCGCAAGAUCUCCAAGGCUUGCGUGAAGGAUCCCCAGUGGGCACAAUCCGACCCCGACACCAUCUUCUCCGAGCUCCAGAGCUACAAUGACUUCGAAUGCCAUCGCCUUUGUGUUGAUAACCAAAAAUACCUAGGCAAGUUCAAGCUGCAGAACGAUGAGUGGAUGGAUUCCGGAAAGGUGGAGAAGCUGCGCGAACUCCUUCUGCGCUUCAUCGAAAACGGCGACCGAACGUUGAUCUUCUCACAAUUCACGCUGGUCAUGGACAUCCUGGAGCACGUCAUGGAGACUCUCCGAAUCGAGUUUGUACGUUUGGACGGCCGUACGAACGUCGAGGACCGACAGUCAAUCCUUGACGCCUUCCAUGAGCGGACGGAGAUCCCGGUCUUCCUUCUCUCAACCAAGGCCGGUGGUGCGGGAAUCAACCUGGCCUGCGCAAACAAGGUUGUCAUCUUUGACUCCUCCUUCAACCCACAGGAGGAUGUCCAGGCUGAGAACCGUGCUCACCGCGUGGGGCAGACCCGUGACGUGGAGGUCUUCCGCUUCGUCACCAGUGGCACGAUCGAAGAGCAGAUCUACGCUCUUGGCCAGACAAAGCUGGCUCUUGAUCACGCUGUCGCUGGUGACGAGGCGGAAGCCUCCAAGGGUGAGGAGGCCGGCAUGAAGGCCGUGGAGUCCAUGUUGGUGGCGGAUAUGGAGAAGGGGAAUGGGGAGGAGGAGGAAAAGGCCAAGGGUGCAUAG